AUGGCAAGCAUAGAAGAUGGUGUCUUCACGAAUGCGCUCCAAAAUACGAAAGCGGUCGCAGAAACGGAUGAGACUGAAGAAGGAGAAGAGCAUGGAGCAGAUGGUGAGCAGGACGGGGAGAAGCCGGAGAGUGAGGUUGAGACAGCAAAGGAAACCGAAGAGAACGGUCAGCAAAAAGAAUCGGAAGAGCAGAAAGAAGAAACCGAACGCAUUGGCAAUCCAGAAGAGUUAACCGAGGAUGAAAGGGAGGAGAUUGCAGAAAAAGUGGCCGAAGCGCUAGAAGAGAAUGCUGAAGCGUUGGAGAAUGGAACGCCUCCGGAUGAUGCAACUUCGGAAGCGAAGGACCAAGAAAAGAGCGAAAAGGUUGAAUCGGCAGAAACCGAAGAGAUGAAAGAUGAAGAGAAUGGAACGGAUGAGAAGAAAGCGGAUACUGAAACGUCGAAAGACGCUUCAGAAGUUUCGUCGACUGAUCAGACGAGUGCAGAAGACGAAAAAGAUAAGGUAAAUGGCGAGGAGAGUGCAACGAAACAAUCUUCUGAGAAAAUGGACGUGGAAACCGAAAGCGAGAAGACUCAGGAGGAAGCAGGAGACAAAACACUCGAAGGAGAGGAGUGUGAACAGGAUCAAGAUGGUGAUUCAGCAACUCAAGAAGAUGAGCUGGAGAAUCUACAGCUAGCAUGGGAGGCACUGGAAGUGGCCAGGACAAUAUGCGAUAAACAAAUCGAACAGAAUCAAGAGGGCUGGCAAGAGAAGAGAGCCGACGUUCUGCUGGCACUGGCCGAAUGUCUGAUCCAGAAUGCUCGCUAUAAACAGGCGGCCAGCGAUAUCGAUGUGUGCAUCGAAGCGUUCCGAGCGGUCUGUAAGCCGAGUGAUCGUCGCAUCGCCGAGGCAUACUUCCAGAAAGCACGCGCUCUGGCACUCGACAAGCAGUUUGAGAAUGCUGCGGAAACUUAUAAAACAGUGAAGAAACUCCUUGAAGAGGUUUUAGCGUACAAUCAAAAAGAAGUUGAAUCGGCCACAAACGAGGAAGUGAAGGCUGAGGCGCAAAAACAAGUGGAUAGUCUGACGGCGUUGAUUCCGGAUAUUCAAGUGAAGAUUGAUGAUGCAUACGAGAGUGCGAAGAAUGCUGAACAGGUUGAUCAAGAGAAAGCAGCUGAAGACACUGCGAAAUUGGCCACAGUCAAAACUGAUUCGUCGAAAGAGGUAGACGACAUCAGUGGAUUGGUAAGAAAGAAGCCGGUGAAAAGGGCAGCGCCAAUCGAAGAGACCACGGAAGCGAAUGGAACGGAGGAACUGAAGAAAAAGGCCAGAUGCGUACUCGAAGAAGCCACCAAACAGCAUAAAGAGGAACAACAUCAGGAGCAAGAAGUUGAAUGA